UUCAACUUUGACGUCUCGCCCAACGAGAGGUCAUUUGUUUUAGUCGGCAAACGCUAAAAUAUCCGGCUAAACUCAUUGAUUAUCGGAUUAAUUAUUAAAGAUAAAACAAUGGAUAAUCCACAAAUUAAAUAGUUCAUCGACUAUAUUUGCAUUUGAUACUUUAUUUUUUAAAGAAAAUGGCUGAAAUCAACUUAGCCCUCACCAAGGAAGGCUGGUACCUUACAGACGAAGGAAUAGAGGAGUUGAAACGCACUUCUGAGAAACCCUCAGCUAAUUACAUUAUUCGCAUUGCACUUAAUAGUGACCUGAGGCCUAUUGGCAGGAAGUUUCUCCCUGCGGACAUCAACAGUGGCCGGGUGGAGAAGUUGGAGGGUCCGUGUGUGCUGCAGAUUCAGAAGGUGAGGAACGUGUCGGCUCCCAAGGACAACGAGGAGUCUCAGGGAGCCCCCAGGAUGCUGCGGCUGCAGAUGACAGACGGACACACCAAUGCUGUGGGCCUCGAGUUCAAACACCUGUCCCAGAUCAGCCUGAACACCCCUCCAGGAACCAAGGUGAAGGUCCUUGGUACGGUCCAGGUGAAGAAUGGCAUUCUGCUUCUGGACGACUCCAAGAUCUCCGUCCUCGGAGGGGAGGUCGACCACAUGAUGGAGAAAUGGGAACUGCAAAGGAGCUUGGCCAAACACAGCAGGAGUAACAUCGGAAGAGAAGGUGGAGCCCCUCCCUUUGUGCCCUUCGGACAGAAGUGUGUAAGGAAUGAGGAAGUGGACUCCAGAGAGCUGGACACCAGGAAGACUCUGGUCAGCACCAGUGUGGUGAAAACAGCUGACGAGAACGAAGAGUUUGAGAAGCAGAGACUAGCAGCCAUCGCCGAGGUCGCCAAGAACAAAGAGGGAACUCGGACGUUUGGCGGCGGAGGCAAUGCCGGGGGAAACCUCGGUAAUCCAGGCAGCCGGGACAGCUACCGACGAGGAGACCGAGGAGACAGGGACUCGUACCGGCAGAGACGAGAGGAGAGGACGGAGAGGACAGAGGAGUCCAGCCGUCCAGAAGGAAACUACAGAGAGCUCGGGAGUUACCGGGAACAACCAAACUACCGGGAACUAGGAAAUUACCGCGAGCUGGUGGAUGAGCGGGCCCUCGGGACAUUAUGGAGAUGGGGUUUGAUAAGGAGGAUGCUCGUCAGGCCCUGAUGGACACACACACAACAUGGAGGUGGCUCUCAACAGUCUACUGACGGGGACCUUCAAACCCCCCCCACCCCCCGAGGAACCCAGCAGACCCCCCCCAGAGCAGACAGAGGAAGGGGUCGUGGCCGGGGUCGGGGUCGGUCCAGUAGGUUUGGGGGUGAGGAUGAGGAGGAGGGAGCAGGAGGAAGACCGUCAGGACCCAGCACUCUGUU